GAACAGAAUGAAUACGCUAAAAGCAUAUUUGCUAACAAUUUAAAAGGCAUGGAUGCUUUUAUGAACGAUUAUGUUAACUUUUAUGGUCGAAAGAGCAAUCAAGGAACUGUAACUAAUGCAGAAAAAGGAUAUAAAAGCGAAUUUGAAAUAUUGAAGGAGAAUCAUAAAUUUCUUCGUUCUGAUGAAGAUGAUGAAUCCGAAUUAACCUGGGAACAACGGCUUGCAAAGAAAUAUUAUGAUAAAUUGUUUAAAGAAUAUUGCAUAGCGGAAUUAAAAUAUUAUAAAGAAGGCAAGAUUGCAUUACGAUGGAGAACCGAAAAAGAAGUUAUAAUAGGCAAAGGACAAUUAACUUGUGCUUCAACAAGAUGUUCUGAAAAAGUUGAUCUAAAGUCUUGGGAAGUCAAUUUUGCAUAUGUAGAGGAUGAUAGUGAACGGAAUAAGCAUGAAAAACGAAAAAGAAAAUCUUAUGAUAGUGCUAGUGACCAGGAACAAGAUUUCAAGAGCGAAGAUAGGCGAGAUGUAACUGAUGGCAAGAAAGCGAAAUUAGAAAAAUCAAACGUAGAGGAAAAGAGUAAAGAUGAAGAAGCCGAUACUUUAUUAGCAGCGAUAGAUGGUAGCUGA